CGCUCCUCCCCGCGCCCCCGGUGCCCGGGCAGCGCCGCCCCCUCGGAGCGGGCCGGAGCGGGACGCAGCGGAGCGGCAAUGGGGGGGCUCGCCGGGGGGCUCGGGCACCGCUGCCCGCCCCUGCCCCUGGCGCUGGGGCUCUGCUGCCUGCUGCUGCCCCCCGCCGCCGCCUCCUGGAGCCCCCAGCCCCGCAGCAACUGGUGCUCCUACGCCGUGACCAGGACGGUGUCGUGCCUGGUGCAGAACGGCACCUUCCUGCAGCGCGUCUUCCAGGGCUGCCGCUGGCCGCUGCCCUGCAGCGGGGGCAGCUACCGCGCCGUCGUGCGGCCCGCGUACAGGGUGGCCCUGAGGACGGUGACGGCGCUGGAGUGGAGGUGCUGCCCCGGGCACGGCGGGGCCACCUGCGAGGAAGACCCCCACUCCUUCCUCGCGCUGCGCGACACCGCGCGCCCCAGCGCCGCGCCCCAGCGCCGGACCCCCCUGCGCCCCACGGCUUUCUCAGGGUGCCUGAACUGCAGCCGUGUCGGGGAGCUGACGGCACGCCUGGCCACCCUGGAGGCGCAGGUGGCCCGGCUGUCGGUGGCCGAAGCCCCCCCGUCCCCAGCACCCAAAGGUGCGGACACCGGGCGGCUCUGGGGGUCCCCGGCUGCCCAGGGGAGCCCCGGGGAUGAAGGCAGACCCGGCUCACGGGGCCCCCCCGGCCCCAAGGGAGACGCAGGAGGACGGGGAGCCUCGGGGCCCCCAGGUAAGGGGGGACCCCCCCCAGGUAAGGGGGCGUCCCCCCUGGCCCCCCAGGCCCCCCCUGGGCGCGAUGGUGCCAGGGGACUCCCUGGGGAGAGGGGCCCCCCCGGCCCCCCUGGGCCCCCCGCCCCAGUGGGGCCGGCCAUCCCCCGGCUCACUGACCCAAGGGACCCUCUGCUCUCCAACACCUUCACCGAAGCAGCCGGGGGCAUCGUGGGCCCCAUGGGCCCCCCCGGCCCCAUGGGGCCAAUGGGACCCCCUGGCCCCCCAGGACCCAUGGGGCUGCCCGGCCCUCCAGGCCCCGAUGGCAGAGCCGGGGCGCCCGGAGCCGCGGGACCCCGUGGGGACAAUGGUGACAGGGGUCCCCAGGGACACCCAGGCAGCCGUGGCCAGGACGGGGCGCAGGGCGAGCCGGGCCCCAAGGGCGAGCCGGGCGACAAGGGCACAUGGGCCCGUAGCUUCCAGAGCCUCCUGCGGCAGCAGGCCCGGCUGGAGGUCCUGGCCAGGAGGGUCACCUUGCUGGAAGCCAUCAUCUGGCCAGAACCCGAGCCCGGUUCGGGCAGUGGGGGUCCAGCGGUGCCCGGCCCCCCCCCGCGGCAGGCGCAGCCGCUUGCCCCCCACCCGGGUCGCAACCCCCAGCCAGGACCCCCCCGGCGGGCCCUGAUGGAGCAGGGGGGGCCUGGUGGCACCCCCCCCACAGCCACCGCUGUCCCCCCACCGUGUCCCCACACCCCCCCUGGGGGGGUCUUGGUGCUAACCGGUGGCACCACACCGGCCUGACCCCCCCCCCUGCACCCCCCACCCCUUUUGUCCCCCCCCUCAGCUUUGGUCCCCUGCUGCUUGCACCCCACUGGGGGGGGGCACGGGGUGCCAACCCCGGUGCUGGGGAGGGGGCGUGGGUGUCCCUGCGCCCCCCCCCCCCUCGCGCUCCGUCCUGGCUGCUUUGGGCGCUGCGAGGUCAUUAAAGGUGUCCGCAGAAAGUGUCA